ACGUUGACAGCCCAUUACCUCACACAAACUCCAUUUACCUUCAGGCAAAGCUGAUGAUUUCUAGCACUUAGAUGAAAGUGAAAUGAGUGUAAGUAGUGCUAAUGAAAACAUUUUAUCUCAGAUGAACUCUUCACCUCAUAUUCCUUCUUACGGUUCGAUUAACUUUUCCGACAAUGAACACCAGAUAUCAUCAUCUCCAUCUUCACAGCUUCUAAAGAUGACUCACAUGAAGAAGAUUAAGAAUACAAGCACUUGUCUUGAAGACUUUAAGGAGUGCUCGUGUGAAAUAGGAAACUCUACGGAAAGGAGACUACAAGUAAAAAUGGAGCCUUGGGAUAACUACAAGACAAUUGCACUAGUGAUACUGGUUAUUUCAGGAAUCAUCUGGGUUGUGGUGUUUGCCUCUUUAUUUCACUUCAAGAUGUUGUAAUUUUCAAUAUUAAAAACUAAUUGGUCACAUUUCAGUGACAAUUUAUGGCGCAGCACAGUUGUGAUAUCAUCUAUUUAUCGGUCGUUGAUUCGUUAAUUCUGAAAUGAGAGGUUGGCAGAACUGUGUUGCUAGGUUUCAAAAAAUUAUUUUUAAGUAAUUACGAAUUUCUGAAAAAUGUUUUAUUUUAUUUUUAAACUUUUGAUUGCGAACACUUCAAGUAUGUUGUAAUAUUUAAAUUUCCACCUGUGCCGGGAUCGCUUUUAAAAUGUACAUAAAUAAUUAAACUGUUGGACUUUUAUAUUGGUAUUCAGAUGCAUUGAUGUAGCUCUAUUAUUUACAGCAUAGCAUGUUCAACAAAUUGUGUGAAGAGAAUAAUAUAAGCA